AUGGCAAAUCAAACCAAGCCCAUUAUUCAUGGGUAUUUUAGGAGUUCGUGCUCUUGGAGGGUUCGAAUCGCUUUUGCUCUGAAAGGUAUUGAAUUUGACCAAGUCCCAGUCAAUCUUAUCAAAGAUGGGGGUCAGCAGUUCACAGAACAAUACAAGGGGUUAAACCCUAUGCAACAAGUGCCUGCUGUCCAAAUUGAUGGCAUCACGCUGUCACAGUCGCUGGCAGUGAUCCAAUACAUUGAGAAGACCAGAACAGGACACAGGCUUCUCCCUGCAGACCCAAAGAAACGUGCCCAGGUGCGCAUGAUCUCUGACCUUAUCGCCUCUGGGAUCCAGCCUGUGCAGAAUUUGUACGUGCUACAGAAGAUAGGAGCCGAGAAGGUGCAGUGGGCGCAUCAUUUCAUCCAAAGAGGUUUUGAAGCACUGGAGCCCAUUCUGAAAGAGACAGCUGGCAAGUACUGUGUAGAGGACGAGAUUUCCAUGGCAGACAUCUGUCUCGUCCCUCAAGUCUAUAAUGCUGAACGGUUCAAAGUGGAUGUUGAUCAGUUCCCAACUAUCAAAAGGCUAAACCAAACCUUACUGAAGGUAGAUGCUUUCAAAGAGACUCAUCCGUCCUGCCAACUAGACACACCUGCUGAAAUAUGUACAUGA